CCCUAGCAAAAACCCUUUUCUAUGAUUAAUCAACUCACUUAUGUCACAUAUCACCUUUGUGGAUGAUCACUCGCAAAAAGAUUAUUGUUCGUAUAUUUAUCGGAUUACAUUAAUAAUAAAAAAUGGCGUCCGGCCAAAGUCGAGGAGAAAUCGAUUUGGAGAAAUCAUUGACAAAUACAGUUUUGAAUCUUGAGAAAAUAGACGAAAAUCUAUAUAGAUGUGAGUUGAUGACACACAAUAAACUCAAGACAACUUAAUACGACAUAACCAACUUGGACUUCAACUAGAAAUUGGGCAGCUCAAAGUUAAGAGACCAAUUCAUAAAAACUGCACAAGUUAUUGAUUUCUUUAUGAAUUUGUAAAGUUUUCAUGACAAAAUGGAGUACAUGGUAAAACAUGAGGCCUUUGAAAUGGGUCCCCAUCAGGAGGGUCGCCACAUUCCUCAGUCCAAUAGAGAAACUCUGAGUGUAUAUACUGAGUCAAACAUUCUCAGGCUGGAUGUUAACCUUGAACAUUUGAACUUCGAUGAUGAUAAUAAAUACAUUGAAUCAGUCAUAGAGGCCACUACAAACUUUAAAAUUAAUUUGGAGAUAAUUAGACAACCUCUGGUCAGCGAGAGACUCGAUGGUGAACAAAGGAAUGAAGAUUUGGCUAGAUACAAUCAGGAUAUGUAUGGAAACCAAGGUGACACAUUACCAUUUGAUAGUUCAACCAUGCAUGAUAAUGACAAUGUUGAAGAUGACAAUGUUGAGGAUGACAAUGUCGAAGAUGACAAUGAGGAUCUCUAUGUAAAUGAGAAGGAUGUGGUUGUUAAACAAGAGUUGAAGGACACAGUUGAAGAUAAUCACUUGGUAAACAACGAUCAUGUUGAAAAUGCUGAAUUCUUAACAAUUGAAUCAAAUCAAGGUGCUGAUGUCAAGGGAGUCAAAGUUGAAGGAUCGGCUGGUGAAAAUGCCCCAAGAGUGCAAGAUCAUGUUGGACAAUUUGGUGCUGCUUCUCAGCCUCUUCAGUGCAGAUACUGUAGUAAAAACUUUACUAAGGCUUUUCAUCUAAAAUAUCAUGAAAAAAGCCAUCAGAUUAAAUCAAUCAAAUAUAGCAUGUAUAAAAAAGAGUUUGUAAAGAAUUCCCGCUUCAGAUAUAUUUUGCCAAAACCAAAUCCAAGUUUCAGAUAUAUUUUACCGAAACCAAAUAUUGGUGACCCCGGUCAUGCCAAUUUAGUUCAGCCUAAAGAUUCUCUUGGGGAAGAGGCUGGUAGUUCAGGUGACAAGAAAUUAUAUCAUUGCAGAGUUUGCGAUAAAUCAUUUACUAUAAGAUCGAACAUGUUGAGGCAUUACCAUGGUCACAGCAGAAGUUCACGUAGGCCCAUUGGUGAAAGAAUAUUUAAAUGUAGUAUUUGCGAUAAAGGAUUUAGAUUAAAAGGCAACAUGCAGAGGCAUGAAUUGAUACACAGCAAAUCUGAAGAACCUGCAGAGAAGUGUUUCAAAUGUCAGCAAUGUGACAGAGCUUUUGCAAGUAAAAGGGGUCUUAUUUUCCAUGAAAAGAGACAUAAUGGAGAAGAUUUGAAAAUAUUUAAGUGUAAACAUUGUGACAAAGGUCUUUCUAGUUUAAUGUCACUAAACAAACAUGAACAAAUACAUCUUGGUGAAAACGCACACAAAUGCAGCAUGUGUGACAAAACAUUUGCAUUCUCAAAUCAAUUAAAAGAUCACAGAAUUGCAGAACAUGAUGAAAAAACAAUGAAAUGCAAAGUUUGUGAAAAAUUAUUUACAAAUUCAUUUAACCUUAGAAGGCAUGAGUUGGUCCAUACUGGUGAAAAGCAAUACCAGUGCAAAUAUUGUGACAAAUCCUGUACACAACUAUCUGGACUGAAACGUCAUGAAAUGACACACACAGGUGAGAAGCCAUACAAAUGUAGAUUUUGUGGAGAAUGCUUUUCUUAUUCAGAAGAUAUUAAAAAACAUACAAGAAGCAUCCAUGGUGAGAAUCCAUUCAAGUGUGACUACUGUGAGGAAUGUUUCUCUAUGGCGCGUGAUGUAAAACUUCACGAAAAAACACAUAAGGACUUAAAACCAUUCAAAUGUGAGUAUUGCGAGAAAGGUUUUCGCUUUAAGAGUGAUUUGGAAAAACAUGCACGUAAGCAUACAGGGGAACGACCAUUUCAGUGUCAAUAUUGCGAAAAGAGUUUCACUUGGCCAUCAGGUUUGAGCAAACAUGAGAAGGAACAUACUGGGGAGAAGUCACAAAGAGAAAAAACAUUCAAAUGUGAAUACUGUGACAAAUGUUUUUAUCGCAAUAAAGAGUUAGAAAGUCACAUGCGUGUCCAUACUGGCGAGAAACCAUUUCGAUGUCAAUAUUGUGGGAAAUGUUUCACUUGGUCUUCAAACUUGAUUCAGCAUGAAAAGAGACAUACUAGAGAAAAAACGCAUCAAUGUACAUAUUGCGAGCUAGGGUUCCCUACUGCAAAGGAAAAGAAUAAGCAUGAAAUCGCAACUCACACAGGUCCUCAAUCGUAUCAAUGUUCUAUUUGUGGAAUGUGCUGCGAAACAGAACAUGGUAUGCGUCAACAUGAAAGAACACAUACUAGAGAUUUUGAAUGUAAAUAUUGCUUAAAAUGUCUGUCAUCAGCAUCAGUGUUGAAAAAGCAUGAGAGGAAACAUACAGGAGAAAAGCCAUUUCAAUGUAUGUUUUGUGGGAAACGUUUAACAAGUGUCACCGCUUUGAGGUUUCAUGAGAGAACCCAUACUGGCGAAAAGC